CGCACUCCAGCUUCACUCCUCACCUCUUCCGCCACUCACAACUCCAGGUGCUGUAAGGCGUAGCAGUUGACUCUAAAACUAUGGCCAAGGACAUGACUCUUCUGUGGGGCUCUGGCUCUCCUCCCUGCUGGAGGGUGCAGAUCGCUCUGGAGGAGAAGAAUCUGCAGGGCUACAACCAAAAACUGCUCUCCUUUGAGAAAAUGGAGCACAAGUCCAAGGAAGUCAUGGACAUGAAUCCCAGAGGACAACUCCCUGCCUUCAAGCAUAAAACCUAUGUCCUGAAUGAGUCCUGCGCUGCCUGCAUCUACCUGGAGAGCCAGUUCAAGUCCCAGGGAAACCAGCUGAUCCCUGACUGCCCAGCUGAGCAAGCCCUGAUGUACCAGCACACACUUGAGAGUCUCACACUCAACCAGAAAAUGGCGGAUGUUAUCUACUACACGUGGAAGGUCCCUGAGGCAGAGAGACACGACUCUGCUGUGAAGAGAAACCGAGAGACUCUGAGUACUGAGCUCAAGCUGUGGGAGGGAUACCUGCAGGCAUCAGGACCUUUCCUGGCAGGAAAGAACUUUUCCCUGGCUGAUGUGGUAGUUUAUCCAACUAUCGCUUAUGUCUUCCGUUUUGGGUUAUGUGAAGAGCGUUACCCUAAACUGGCAGCUUACUAUAACUCUCUGAAGAGCAGACCCAGCAUCAAAACCACCUGGCCUCCUACCUGGUUGGAGACCCAGGGAUCGGACAUGCUGAAAGACCUCUGAGAAUCAAACACACAGCAACUGACACGCUGAAAUGUUCCUGUUGUGUUAUAUGUAACUACUCCUUGCGUUGCACUACUCUAGCUUGCAGCAUUUUUAUUACAUUCAGCAAUAUGCAUUUGCUGUUACUGUGUUAGUUAAUUUGUAUUAACAUUAAUGUGUUUGUGACUUAAACAGCAGAGGAUUCUUUUUGUGUGUUGUAAAGAAAAACAAUAAAAUAUGUAAUUUCA